AUGCCGGCGGGGCCGUACGCGAACCUGGAAGAGUUCGAAGCGAAAUAUAUCCGAGACACAAUCUACAAGGAUAAAACCAAAUCGACCUUCGCGAUCAUAGAUAGAACCAAGACAGAGCCGGGUCAGGACGACGGCACUCUUGCAGGAAUAGUGUCCUACACCAAUGCAUCUGUGCCUAACCAGCUGCUUGAAAUUGCAUUUCUGGUCGUGCUGCCUCCGUUCCAGCGUACUCAUGUAACCACGCAUGCAGUGGGAUUGCUGUUGCAGUAUGCACUUGAUGCUCCCGACUGUGAUAACCCGCAGACGGGAGGGUUAGGCCUGCGUAGAGUAAUAUGGCAAACUGGCACGACAAACGCCGCUUCCCGAGCUACAGCUAGGAAGAUGGGAUUUGAACAAGAAGGGAUUUUGCGAUGGGAUCGAGUGUACUAUGACGCCGUGCCGAUGAAAAAGGAAGGGAAUGGGAGAGAGAUCCCCCCGCAUGGAGAUGGGAGGCAUCUGGGCAGGGAUACGGUAAUCUUUGGGCUAUGCUGGGAUGAGUGGCAUGGCGGGAAGAGGCACAUGGUACAGCAGCUUAUGGACCGAUUCCUGUGA